AGUCUCGGACCCCAAAAAACAUCGCCUUUCACCCACAAUAACGACGUUUAUUUGACGACAGUAUGAUGGGUUCUCUGAAGGCUCUCCAGGAGUGGUGUCGGAUACAGUGUGAGAAUUACAACGACGUGGAAAUAAGGGACAUGUCAGCGUCCUUUCGGAACGGCUUGGCUUUCUGUGCCAUCAUCCAUCGUUACAGACCAGAUCUCAUAGAUUUUGACUCGCUGUCCAAAGAAAAUGUCUACGAGAACAACCGACUGGCAUUCGAGGUGGCUGAAACACAGCUGGGCAUUCCAGCCCUGCUGGACCCGGAGGACAUGGUGUCCAUGAAAGUGCCUGACAGACUUAGCGUCAUCACCUAUGUCUCCCAGUACUACAAUUUUUUCAACAACAAGUCACAAGCAAACCCACCCUGCAUAAAGAGGCUGAGUUCUGCUAGCCAUAAUGAGCCGGCUCAGAAAAGGCCUCCGACGCUUUUAGAGGACAAAAAGCUUGAAACCGAUCCAAUCCAGCCUGCACAGGCCGCCGCCGAGGCCGCGGCGAAGCGCAGCUCUCUGAGCAGCACCUGCGCUGCCUGUCAGAGGCACGUCCACCUGGUGCAGAGGAUUCUGGUGGAGGGAAAGCUCUACCACCGCAACUGUUUCAGGUGCACAGAGUGUCACAGCACAUUAAUUCCGGGAUCCUACAAAGGAAGCGAUUCUGGGGCAUUAAUUUGCAGACAUCACCUGACAAGACACGCCGCGGCCAAUCAGAACGGCCGACCAGAUCUUAGUAAGCGGCCGGUGGUAGAUCCGUCUGCCAGGACCGGCGGCAGCACAGUUCAGCACGCCGCGCCCUCCGAGAGGGACCAGGAAAAGAUUCCAGCCCAGGCCAGUGACUCAGCCACCGCAGCUCCUGUUGCCUUCACCAAAGAGGAGAGUUUAGACGGUGCAGAAGAGACAGAAGGCAGUAAAGAGACAGAAGACAAAUCUCGGCCCUCCUCUCCUCCCAACCCAUUUGAUGAGAGCGAUGAGGAGGAGAAUGAGGAGGAAGAGGAAGAAACCCAAACACCCGCUAAAUGUACGUCUAAUGGGGAGCUCCCUUCGACUCCGCCCACUCAGGUGGAGGGAGCCGGUCGACCGGUGCCUGCACCCCGAAGGGUUUCCGAACCCACGCCCGCGCCCCGCCCGGCCCCUCGGGUUCGGCCGCCCCGCACCGCAAACGGCCUCAUACUCGAUGAACAUCUGAAGCCUCCAAUUCCUCCCAAACCCCGAGAAAGAUCACGGUCUCCUGGCAGUGGAACCCAUACACCCAAAGACCCACCUUGGCUUGCCCUGGUCCAAUCAGAACCCAAGAAGAAGAAAGCUCCUCCCCCACCCCCUCCUGGACUGACCACACCUCCAAAAACAGGCUCUCUGUCUUCUCUCCAAGGGGAGGGCUCCAGACCCAGCACCCCCCCACAGCCCUCCAACCCGUUUGAGGAUGACGACGAUGAAAAUUGUGUGGUAAAUGAAGAAGAAGGGAGUGAAGAGGCAGUUCCCCCUACAGUGGUGGCCAGCCACCCGUGGUACCGCAUCACCCGGGCAGCCGAAACGGCGGGCAGCGACACGCCGGGCAGCUCCUCCCGGUCGGCCAGUCCCGGGAGCGCCAAGAGCAAGAAAAGGCCGGCACCUCCAACUCCUGCGCCAGCCACUGGUCAGCAAGCUCUGUCUCACUCUCAGCCCUCCUCCUGCUCCCCCUCUCCAGCUCUCAGUGUGGAGAGCUUGUCCUCUGGCUCGGACCACAGCUCCUCCCUGCUCCCUCCGGGUGGCGGUGCCAGCAGCGACCAGGAACAGGGCUUCACCAAAAGCGUGUCGGAGCCCUCCAUCUGCUCGCCCUGCGACGGCCCUUCCUCCCCUUCCUCCUCCUCAGCCGACCGUCUGCACCAAACCUCCCCGGGCCCGCUCCCCCCCUCCGUACCGUCGACCGCCAGCUCAGCUCCCGCCACCCCACAGGCCACCCGCACCGCAGAGUCCAGAGGUCCAGGAGCCCCCCCACCGCGGCCCGCUGCAGCCCCCAGCCCCCUGGCCACAAAGUCGCACAAAAAGCGGAUUUGUAAGGAGAACCCCUUCAACAGGAAAGCUUCUCCCUCACCAGCUAAAUCUCAGGACAAGCCUCCAAAAGGCCCUCGCCCCGCUCGGCCCCCGGCGCCCGGACACGGCUUCCCGCUUAUCAAACGCAAGGUGCAGUCGGAUCAAUACAUCCCGACAGAGGAUAUCCACGGGGAGAUGCUCCAGCUGGAGAAGCAGCUGGACGAGCUGGAGCAGAGGGGCGUGGAGCUGGAGAAGAAGCUGAGAGACAAUCCCAACGACGAGGAUGAGGAGCGCCUGCUGGUGGACUGGUUCACUCUGAUUCACGACAAGCACCUCUUAGUCCGCCGGGAGGCCGAGCUGGUCUACACGGCAAAGCAACAGAACCUGGAGGAGAGGCAAGCUGAUGUGGAGUACGAGCUGAGGUGUCUGCUUAACAAACCAGAGAAAGACUGGACUGAGGAGGACAAGAGCCGAGAGCAGGAGCUAAUGGCUGAGCUGGUGACCAUCAUCGAGCAGCGCAAUCAGAUCGUGAACAACAUGGACCAGGACCGGCAGAGGGAGGAAGAGGAGGACAAACUUAUGGAGGCCAUGCUGAAGAAAAAAGAUUUCCACAAAGAUCCAGACGGUGAGCACCAGAAGAAAAAAGGGGCAAAGUUUAAACCCAUCAAGGUGCUGAAGCGGCUGAGUCAUAAAGGCGAACCGGCGAAGAGCCCUCGCAAGGACAAAAGCUGA